AUGUAUUCUGAGCUCUUUGAGUACUCCGACGAGGACACUUUAUCCAUGCGGGAAAUCCCCAUGCCACAUGAGGUGACUGAAACCAGUCACUGGGCUAACACUCAAAUAGCGCUAGAAGCGGCUUUAGUGACCGUUGACCUGCAAGGUUCGAUUAUACACGAAUUGCGUGGGAAAUUCGCGGCACUAGAUAACGAUUUAAGUCACCUGACUGCAUUAUUUAAGGAUAACUUCCCAGCAUGUGCUGCCGCAGACCAGGCGAUCACACUAUCGAAACAACAGAUCUUCUACACUGCAGCCAAACUAGAAUCAGCGGCCAUUAGAGCUAAACGGAUUAUAAUUUGA